AUCACUUCUAUCUUCAAAAAAAAUGAAGAAGGAACCUAUUUGCACCGCUAAUACAGCCUUAGAAAGCAUUGUAAAGAGAGGUGGUUCACAGUGGAUUCGAAUUAAAAUGCAAAAGAUAAGGGUAAAUGUUUCAAGGUUUCAAGCCCAUGAUCACCAAUAGUCACAUGCCACGUCAUGCACAGAGACAGGCUCCACUCUCCAGUGUGGCAGCCCAAUCACUCUUUUCUUGAUUGAUUGAUUAACUAACUCUUCAAUUUUUCCUUUGACUCAUUAACUAAUGUCCUCCUUUUCCCUCCAAAAUGACUCCCUUUCUCAACUCAAUCAUAUCUGCAAGAACAAACAAUCCAAGAGGUAGGAAAUUCUGGUGAAAUUUUCACCGUCUUGUGUGUUUUUCCAGUAUAUCCCUGCAUUUUUCUCUGCCAUGUAAUCAAGAUCUUCCCAUUUGUUCUACUGCAAUGAGUUCUUCUGUCGUGCUCCUCUGGGUUCCUUUCUUUUUCUUCGUUAGCUUCAUUCUUGCCUCUCUUUCUGCGCCUUUCUUGCCUGCAGACAAUGUCACCCUCUUCGGUGAUGCUUUCUUCAUCAACAAUUCCAUUAGCCUUACAAGAGAACUCAACUGUUUCUCUUCUUCUUCUACACCCACUGCUGCUGCUCCUAUUGCUGCUUCUUCUUCUUCUUCAUCUUCUGGGGUAGGAAGAGCUCUAUAUGUUCACCCUAUUCGCUUUCUUGAUUCCAGAACCAACACGCCAGCAUCUUUCUCUUCCCGUUUCUCGUUCUCAAUCAUCCCUUCCCCUCUGUGUCGUUUUGGGGAUGGCAUGGCAUUUCUGAUCACCUCCAAUGGAGGUUACUUCAGCCUCUCUGAUGGGUACUUAGGUCUUCCUGAACCCUUAAGCACUCAAGAUUCUUUCGUGGCUAUAGAAUUUGAUACGAGUUUUGAUCCAUCCCUUGGAGAUAUCAACGGUAACCAUGUUGGUAUUGAUGUCAACACAAUUGUAUCUUUCGCUUCAGUUGAUUCUGUGUCACAGGGGAUUGAUCUUAAGAGUGGCAAGGAGAUGACGGCUUGGAUUGAGUACAGAGAUGCAGAGAAGAUUAUCCGGGUCUGGGUUGGGAACUCCCCGGUCAGGCCUCCAAGGCCUCUUCUUGUUGCCCAAAUUGACCUCUCGCGGCAUUUCAAAGAAUUCAUGCAUGUGGGUUUCUCCGCCUCUAAUGGACCAGGCUCAGCAGGUCAUAUUGUUAAUCGGUGGCGAUUCAAAACUUUUGGGUUUAUCCCUUCAGCAAUUCCCAUGGAUGCAGCCGAAGAUGGGGACUGCUUCAUGUGUGCUCCAGAGAAUUCAAAUGCCAAGAGAAACCCCUUUGAUCUCCAUAUAGGAAGCUUAGAGAUCAAGGAAAUGGCUCUUGGACUGGGAGGUUUAACUGCAGUUGUCUUGGCCAUGAUUGUAAUUCUUAUUAUCAGUUUUUGUUUGAUUAGGAAGAAGAGACUCGGCAUCAGAAGAAGCCAAGAAGACCAAAGUUGUAGAAUCCAAACAGCACCCAUGAGAUUUUCGCUUGCUGAGAUAAAUUCAGCUACAAUGGGGUUCAACAAGAAGAGAAUUAUUGGUGAAGGGGCAUCUUCAACUGUAUAUCAAGGGUUCCUUCCCUCUGUGGGAGCAGUAGCAGUUAAGAGGUUCACCCAGACUAAUCGGAUUGAUUAUUGCAGCGAUCCAUUUACAAAUGAGUUUGUAACAGUUGGAGAUUGCUUGCGACACGCAAACUUAGUGCAGCUCAUAGGAUGGUGCUGUGAGGGAAAUGAAUUUCUCCUGAUCUAUGAGUACUUGCCCAAUGGAAGCCUUGACAAAGUCCUGCACAAAAACAUCAAGUCAGGAAGCUCCCUCACCUGGGAGCAGAGAUUGAAUAUAGUUCUUGGGGUUGCCUCUGCUCUUACCUAUCUCCAUGAAGAAUGUGAGAGGCAGAUCAUUCACAGAGAUGUGAAGGCUUCCAACAUAAUGCUGGAUUCAGAGUUCAAUGCCAAGCUUGGAGACUUUGGCUUGGCAGAAAUUUAUGAGCACAGCUCCAUCACAAGAGAAGCCACCAUACCAGCUGGAACAAUGGGAUACCUUGCUCCUGAGUAUGUCUGCUAUGGUGUUCCCACAGAGAAAACAGAUGUCUACAGCUUUGGUGUGGUCAUGCUAGAGCUAGCAACUGGGAGAAAGCCUGUUGAUGAUGACAGAUCCGUGCUUCUUGAUUGGGUAUGGGACCUGCGAGAAAAGGGAACACUGAUGUUGGCCGCUGAUUUUAGGUUGAUGGGAAGGUUUAAUAGGGUGGAGAUGGAGAGAAUGCUCAUGGUGGGACUUUCUUGUGCGCACCCAAACCACAAGAAGAGACCAACAGUGAAGAAAGCAGCAAGGAUUCUUAGGGGUGAAGCACCUCUCCCCACUCUGCCAGCAAGGAAGCCAACCCCAAGACCUCAACAUUCCUUGCCUGAGGCUUCCCAACGGAUAAUGGAUCUUGGUGGAGAUGAUGAGAACCCUAGCUUGGAUGAUGCACCAUGGAUGACUCCAAGGAGCCAUUUUGGAUAGGGCAAAGCUUGGAGAAGAAGCACAUGAGUUCAAAUGCUAAGUGUAUGAAAGAAACUAAUUGCAUUCUAUUGCUUGUCUCUGAUACAAUAGCCUAGACAUUAUUUAGUUAGUCAGUCUUAGAUCUUGAAGAUAUAAUGAAUCCUGCAGUGGGGCGGUUCUGAGAUAACUCAUUUCAGCUAGGAUCCUCAUGGAAAGGAAGGUGUUCCACCAUUCUCAGUGGUAUCAGGAGUCCAUUUUGUUCUCAAUAUGGUAAUAAUAUUAGGAUUGCAGGGAUUGGAAUUGUUUUAAAUUUCCAUUUUAACUAUAUCUGUCAUUUGCUCCAUUUUCAGCAACUGGUACAUUAUAGAUUGUAUGCCAUAUAAGUACAUGGAAUUGAAUGAUCUUGUUGA